AAUAACGUACUUUAUCGGUCAUUGGUUCAUCACGGCUACGCUUCCGGAUUUAUGCGUAUAGCAAUGAAUCAUUCGGCACAAGUCGGGAGUAAUCACGUGUCCGAUUCAGUUUAUCAUUUUUCUGAUACAUAUAUGUAUACAUACGCUCGCAUACACGCGCCAAGAGUGCGUCAUUCUCGUCGCUGUACAAUUGCGCGUAUAAUGUCAACAUUACAAAACGAUGUCAACUAGUCUAUAUUUUAGUCUUUCUGCGUAGAUCAGUUAGCCACGUUGUGCAAAUGUCUGAGAUGCGAUGAAAUCUUAUUUCAAAAGUAAAUCUCAAAUUGUGUCACCUGAAAAUGAUGAAUCCGUCGACUCAUACUGGUGCGGAGAACAAUGAUGGUGAUGGCGAUCGUAUCGACGUGUACGACGACGAUGGAGAAAGACUUAUCAAACCAAGAAAUAAUUUUGCAUCAUACGCUAACGAAGAUGUCGACGUUCGAUUUCGAAGCACUGUCAACAAUAUCACAAUAUGCAGUAACAUAGAGGCUAUCUCGGGUCAGUCCAGAAGAUUGACCACCUCGGAUGUAACCCCUGGAGCGACCAAUUUCCUGUCAACCAAUUACGAGAGUUUGGAUUAUGACCCCUGUGAGAAUUAUCUUUUGCAAGAUGAAGAAAGGAAGAAAGGAUACAAGUUUGUUGUCAAAAAGGACUUUGCCAGGUGGUUUAUCUUCCUUUUGAUUGGAAUCUGCACUGCUCUCAUAGCAUUCUUUGUAAAUAUAUCGAUAGAAGAAUUGUCUAGUGUGAAAUAUGGUUGGCUUAAGAAAUAUGUGGAUCAUUGUGUGGUAGAAGGUUGCCUAUGGUUACCAUAUAUGAUGUGGUUAGUAUUAAAUAUAGUGCCAGUUUUAAUAGGUGCUAUCUUAGUAGCCUAUAUAGAACCUGUUGCCGCAGGAAGUGGUAUUCCACAGGUAAAAUGUUACUUGAAUGGAAUCAAAGUACCACGAGUUGUGCGCAUCAAAACUCUAGCUGUAAAAACUAUUGGUGUCAUAUGUACUGUAGUUGGAGGUCUAGCUGGAGGCAAAGAAGGUCCUAUGAUUCACUCUGGUGCUGUUGUUGCUGCGGGAAUUUCUCAAGGCAAAAGUACAACUUUUAGGAAAGAUUUGAAGAUAUUCAAAUAUUUUCGAGAAGAUCAUGAAAAACGAGACUUUGUGGCCGGAGGUGCUGCAUCUGGAGUUUCAGCCGCUUUUGGAGCACCAAUUGGUGGAGUCUUAUUCAGUAUAGAAGAGGGAACUAGUUUUUUUAACCAAAGCUUAACAUGGAGAACGUUUUUCGCCAGUAUGAUUACUACAUUUACUUUGAAUCUAGCCCUGAGUGCAUACCAUAAACAUCCUGGCGAUCUUUCGUAUCCAGGCUUGUUGAAUCUAGGAAAAUUUGAGUCGAUUUCGUAUCAGAUCUAUGAAAUACCUCUGUUUAUGUUAAUGGGCACAUUUGGCGGAUUACUCGGCGCUUUUUGGAACCAUGUUAAUUACAAGAUCACCUGCUUUCGUCUGCGAUUUGUAACACGAAAGUGGCUGAAAGUGAUAGAAGCUCUGCUGGUUGCAAUAUUGAGUGCCACUAUGGGAUCUUUGAUGAUAUAUUUCGUCAACGACUGCAAACAGUUGGGUAAUGAUCCCACUAAGUUUCCAGUUCAAAUGUAUUGCAAAGAAGGGGAGUACAGUGCCGUUGCUGCUUUGUGGUUUCAAACUCCAGAGAGUAGCGUGCGAUCUUUGUUUCAUGAUCCUAAAGGAGCUCAUAAUGACAUCACGCUAGCCAUCUUCGUCGUAUUAUAUUUCUUUCUUGCUGCUGCUACUUUUGGCCUAUCGAUGUCAAGUGGUCUUUUUAUUCCAUCUCUGUUAAUUGGAUCUGCAUGGGGUAGAUUAAUUGGAUCGGCUCUCUCGAAGAUGUGUCCAAAUUGCGAAGUGUUAGAUCCUGGAAAAUAUGCUUUGCUAGGCGCUGCUGCACAAUUAGGAGGUGUUGUUAGAAUGACAAUAAGUUUAACUGCAAUUUUAAUAGAAGCGACACAGGGAAUAUCUUUUGGUUUACCUGUCAUAAUAGUCCUUAUAAUGGCAAAAUGGGUUGGUGAUUUCUUUAAUGAAGGAAUUUAUGAUAUUCAUACACAAAUGGCUGGCAUUCCAUUACUUCCGUGGGAACCACCGCCACUAUCAAACAAUAUUUAUGCAAGUGAGAUAAUGAGUCAUCCGGUGGUUACUCUGAAGACUGUUGAAAAUGUAGGACAUAUUGUUGAGCUUUUGAAAUGCGUCACAUUCAAUGGAUUUCCUGUAGUUGAUCCGCCAAGUAGUGAUCAGGCUGAAAUAAAUUCUUACGGUCGAUUUCGAGGUCUGAUAUUGCGUUCUCAGUUAAUAGUACUUCUGAAAAAUAAAGUAUUCAACGAAUAUGAAGAAUUCUGGGAGAAACCUUUAAGUAUGAAGAUGUUCAGAAAUGAGUAUCCUAGAUAUCCAACCAUCGAGCAAGUUGAUAUCACCGAUGAUGAGAAAACUUACACUAUAGACUUAAGACACUUUAUGAAUCCUUCUCCUUAUACAAUACCACAUUCCGCAACACUGCCAAGAACGUUCAGACUCUUCAGAGCGUUAGGGUUACGUCAUGUGCCAGUAGUAAACGAUGUCAAUGAGGUAAUUGGCAUUAUCACACGAAAAGAUGUUGCCAGAUUCAGGAUUUGGAAGCAUCAAGGAAGAAUGGGAUUGGAUGAACUUUUAAUUACUAAUAAGAUUUAACUCUUAAACUUUUUUUGCUUUUCUUGGAUUUUAUAAAAUUAUGAUUUUAAUGAAA